AUGUCCAAAAUGCGCGCCGUGUUAAUCAAAGGUGGGCAAGGUCCUGUUGAGAACCUCUACAUUGGGGAGACAGAUAAGCCAAUCCCAACGAAGGGACAGGUUUUGGUAAAGAUUGUCGCAUUUGGCCUCAAUCGCACGGACCUUGCACAGCGUCAGGGCAAAUUUCCUGUACCCCCUGGUGUAUCCUCCAUUCUUGGUUUGGAAUUCUCUGGACGUGUGACUGAGCUCGGCGAAGGAGUAACGCGAUGGGCUGUUGGUGAUGAAGUCUUUGGUCUUGCGAGUGGCGGAGCAUAUGCGGAGUUCAUAAAUUGCGACGAAGGACUCUUGUUGAAGAAGCCCAAUCACUUAUCUUGGGUGGAUGCAGCCAGCAUACCAGAAAACUACAUUACAGCCUAUCAAACUCUUGUGAAGUACGGGGAAGUCAAGAAGGGCGAUCAUGUACUCGUCCAUGCAGGCGCUUCUGGUGUAGGCAUAGCAGCUAUCCAAACGGCAAGGGAAUCAGGAAGCUGCGUUCUUGCUGAAUACGUAUCACAUGGCGCUCACAGGGCAACCAUUACUGCGACGGCGUCUACCACAGAAAAACUCGAUUGGCUCCGGUCCAUCCCUAACGGGGCGACACAUACUGUCAAUUACAGAACCGAAGACUUCGCCGCGGAGGUCGGGAAAACGACCAACGGAAGAGGUAUCGAUAUUGUCAUAGAUGUGGUUGGACAAAGUCAUUGGGCAAAAAACAUACAAUCCCUCGCCAUUGAUGGUCGAAUGAUAAUGUUGGCUGCUUUGAGUGGUGGGAAUUUGUCCCCUCAGUCAACCUUGGCGAGAUACUUUACAAAGCGUCUUCGCAUUCAGGGCUCUACGUUACGUUCGCGUAGUUUACAGUACCAGAUCUAUGGUGACCUAGGAUUCCGCAAUUUUAUCGAUAAGGUAACUGGCGCCAACGGAGGUGGCCCGAUACGGACUUAUAUUCACAAAGUGUAUCCUUGGACAGAGAUCCAGAGCGCUCAUCGUGAGAUGGCUGACAAUAAGAAUAUCGGGAAGAUCGUCGUCGAAAUUCAGUCAGUAAGAACGUGAACAUUGACAGUGUGUCAGCCGAAAUUAGAAUCCAUCAAGAAUUCCCCAACUCUUCCGUAGAUUAAACCGCGUACUUUUUGUGCCCCUCCUGGCCAUCUAAUAUAGGUUUUCGUAUAACUUGCCAACUGAAGGUACAAGCUCAUGGACAGUUGCUAACUUACGAAGGCCGGUCGACAGGUACAAAGGGUAUUUCCAGCGUACAUUG